CGAACGCACGUUCCACUGGUCGGCGUCUUUCAUUUCAACGAGACUCCUAACCCUCUCCUCUCCUCUCUCCUUUUUCAAAUUUAUUUUCAUCCUUUUGUUUUAUUUAUCCCAUUUUUUCUCAUAUUAUUUGGUUCCGAGAAAAUUCCGAGAGUCAGAGGGCGGGUGCAAGAGUGCAGCUGUCACUUUAGCUAAAUUAUGGAUUAAUAUAGGAUUUGGCGAUGGCGGCAACUGCUCCGUCUGCUGUCAGAGAUUUUCAUCCUGAUGAUGGGGCCAGGCUCCGGGAGAUUGUCCAUUAUGUGAUGAAACACACACGGUACACCGAGGGACAGGCAAAAAAAGCUGUCAUUGAGGUACUCAAGUCUGGAAUAACUGCUAAGACAAUCGUAAAGACUUCCAAAGGAAAAUAUGUGCUGUGUACUGCUGACAAACCGGAAGGUCUCCAUUACAGGAUAAGACAACCAAAAUUCAGUGACAGUAGCAGUGAUUCCAGUGAGUGAUGAAAUAUUUAUCGGAAUAACGUGGAAAAUUCAAUUGCCUGGAGGAAUAAUCGGAGUGUCAGAAAUAGUGAGGAAGUCCUCUGGCACGUGCUGGGGAAACAUGAUACUAGAUUGCACUGGAUUCCGGGGCACUUCAUGAUGUCAUUACUGAUUACGGUUAUGUUUGCUUCAUUAAAAGAUCUAA